GUGACGGACGGGGUUUGUUUGUAAACACACCGCACUGACACUCGUCCCGUUGUUGCCAUCCUCACCUUGGGCGAAUCCUAGAGCGCUUCGCACGGACCGGGAAGGCUGCACCAACGUGGGAUUAUUGUAGCUGAAGUUGGACGUUUUGGAGAGCUAAAACGACGACGUUUCAAAAACUUGUGCCAACGAAUUUUCGAGUUGAAUUCGUAAACACAGUUCCGUGAUGCUUGAACUCACUCGGGCCUAGUUUUACUUUUGACUUAGCUUAUCCAGCCUUUUAAAAUGGUCGAGUUUAAGAAGGAAUCUUUGGAGGUCAUGAAAUACACAGACCUGGUGAAAUUAGCUAAGGAACACAAUGUUUUUCGACGCUACGCGCCAAAGAUUGAAUUGGUAGAGAAGUUAAUGGCACUGUGCGAGUCACCAGCUGAAACUUUAAAUGAUAUUUCCAUGCCUUCUUUCAUGGAAAAUGAUGAAACAGGAUCAGAUGAAGGUGAUGCUGAAAACACAUUGCCUCAUGAGGGUACCACUGAGUGCCGUAAAGGCUCCACCUCCGAUUCCAAACCAGACAAAGUGAGUUGUUCAUCGCCUCGGGUCCCUCUAUUGGACCAAGAAAAGAACUUGAAUCGGCAUUCAUCAGUAUUUAAAAGUCAGUCUCCAAUGAACAAGAGCAGAUCUGGCACCCCUCAAUCCCUUCGAAAAUCUUUGGCGGGGCCAGCCAAGCCUGCCAUUAUUGGUAAAAAAUUAAGGCGUCAAGGUGCAUUUGAAGUGGAUGACACAACAGCAGCAUCUUCACCCUCGGUUCAAGCAAUUACUCGCAGAUUGACACGCCAACGAACAUUUGAGGUAGAAGAAGUUAGUGGUCUCAAAAUCAAAAGGGAAGGAACAUUUGAAAUUGGUAAAGGCACCAAGGAGCUGGAAACUUCUGUUGCUCGAACUCAAAUACUGAGACGUGAAGAUACAUUUGAGAUCACAGAAUUAAAAACAGAUUCCAAGGAGAAAAUUGAUAACCUUCAGCCUCACAAUUUGAGACGAGAAGGUACAUUUGAGGUAGAAAAUACUUCUUUUACUAAGAAGCCCUCUCAUGGAUCAAUCAGUACAUCCUGCUCAGUUUCGAUUUCAAAGCCCAGGGAAACCAUAAAUCGCUUGUCACAAUCUAAACAGCCAGCAAGAACAUCACUGAAGUCUCCUUACCAGUUGAGGAGGGCUUCUGCUCAUACUCCCAGUUCUGUAAAAACUAUUGACAAGAAUGUUACUGAACAAUCUGUUCCAAGACGAUUUAUCACAUCAAGAAUCAAACCUAUGGCAUCAUCUCCGGGAAUUAAGUCGCCAGCUAUCAAAUCUAAAAUACCUUCAGUAAUAAAUCAGAUUGAAAGGAACAAAGCUGAGGUUUCUGCUAAAAAAGUUGUUGAGGCUACAGCAGAAAAACCUAUCCUGGCUAAGAAGAUUCCAGACUUCAGUGCUAUCCACAAAAGGAUGUUUAGUAAAAUGGAAUCUUUGGUAGAUUCCAGACAAAAGGUCAUAGACAAAGCCAAUUCAAUGCAAAAAUCGCAGCAAAAGUUCGGUAACAGCAAAAGAAGUCCUCCAAACACACGUGUGGUAAGGAAACUUCUGUCACCCAAGGCUGGAAAGUCGAAACUUGUUGGAGUCAAAUCUAGACUUCCCACUCCAAAAUCAAAAAUCCCCUCUCCAAAAUCAAAACCUCCCACUCCCAAAUCUCAGCUUUUUGUACCUCAGUCCAAGUUAAAUACACCACGAGCAAAAGCUGCUUUCCAGCAUGUAGCGUCUGAAUACGCAUCCAACAUUGUUUCCAUCCAGAAGAGACCUUCAAUUGGAUCCCUUAUACCAGGAGUGUCCAAAUUGCAGUCUCCUAAAUUUGAGGCGAGAGGAAAAAGCACCAAAACUCACUUUGGUUUUACCAAGACUGAGCCUUCACGGAAAGAGGCAUUGAAAGCUAGCAUUAUGGAAAAAAAGCCCCUUAAGAGGAGUAGCCCAAUGGCAAAAGCAAAGAAAGCUCUGCAAACUGUGAGGCUGAACAAGCGGUUUGAACUUCAGAUGAAACAUCGUAUUGCGCAACAAGAGCAUGGCAACUGAUCUACAGUUCAAAGUUUAAUUUGUUUACAUUUGAUUGUGUAAUUAAUAAGUAUGCAUGUCCUCCUCUCGGUUUCUGAACUUAUUAUGUAGACAUUAAUGUUUUGUGUGGCUUCAGUGUGUGAUUGUGAACUAUUCUUCGAAUUUCAAAAAAAGCAUAUGUGCCUUAAAUAAAAACUUUAUUAACUGUAAA